AUUUGUGGAUGCGAAUGUUCUUGCCAAAGAACCAAUAUUAGAGAUCCCUAAUCUGGACCACAUAUUUGACAAUCUGUCAAGGAUUGAGUGGGAUCCUGAUGAGGUGCCCUGCCGUGACAAAAUAUUUAACAUUCUGGAAAAUGUAAAGAACUCUACGUUAUGGGCUACAUGGGUAUGGAACUCCAUCGACCAGUCGCCAACGGGCAUCUUCUUCGGCGCCCGCUACCACUUGGGGAGCUACGACCAGUGCCUGCGACCGCCCUGGCUCGCGACACACCCGGAAUUACGCACUCAAUACUGUUUAGCAGAAAUAGAGAUGAAUAAAGAUGGCAUCAAGACAAUGGAAGAAGUUUCCGAUCCUUAUGUUAGGGCUGAGGACUAUUACCUCGAUACUAAAACACACUUCGGUCGUAGUUUCUCAUACAUAGCACACGGGGUCUGCCUUCCCGCGGGCUGUGCGUCCAAGUCCGCGGAGAAGUUUGUGCAGGCGCUCAUGAGCACGGGGUACUUGCGCGCGGCCAGGGGUGCGCCCGUCUCCAUACACCACUGUGAGGAAGCAGCGGCCCCGAGGGUAUAUUCUACGGGAUAUUACGUGUUUGUGUACACUUUUGCAGCGCUGAUGUUCAUAGCUGUAGCUUCAACAUACUAUGUUAGCGAGUACCCAGUCACCGCUAGUUCUAACUCAUUUGUUAAUCACGUUGCAAAAUCGUUCUGUCUCCGCCGCAACUGGAAUACAGUGUUCAAAUCAGACAAGGAUGAACUACCAUGCUUGCACGGUAUCCGCUUCCUGACGGCGAUCAUCGUCGCCUUCGUCCACUGCAUAGUAGUUGCACAAGGGACUUCUGUUAGCAAUGCUUUAGACUUUGAAUGGGUAAUAAUACUUAUUAUACCGGGUGUGGCCUGUAACACGAGCAAAUAA